UUGAAGGUACUUACUAUAACGUUUUAUGGUAAAGGUGUCGAACUGGGAGCUUGCGAGUUCUUUAGGAUCUUUCUCCUCACAUUAUAGUAGAGUUACCUUCUCUAUACUUACUUUCAUCUGUUAGUAUUGAACAUGAACGCUGUUUCCGACUUAUUAAUGUGAGGAGAGUAUGUUAGACACUUUUGGUCUACCUAUUAAUUCGUAUAGAGGAGAUUCUACUACAAUUUCUUUUCAAACAAAAGUUAAUUAUUGCAUAUUUUAAAUUAAAUAAUAUGAAGAAAAUGUACAUCCGCUAAAAACGUGUACCCUCGUACUACAUAAUUUUUAUAUGCCUAUUUUUAUUUUUAUGUUAUAUUUGUAUAUGUUAAUAUAAAUUACUUUAUUUAUCAAAGACAUGCUUGUAAUUAAAGUUAACAUAUAAUAAUAUGAAUAUCACUCUAAAGGAACACGAGAUGUCUCUUAACUUAUGAGACAUUUUAGAUUAUUUUUACCGCAUUAUAAAAUUCGUGUUUUAUGUAAAAAUAUCGAGCAAAAUAUGACAAUAUGCAAUUACGACAACCUCUUCAGCUGACAUUGGCAAUCAUUAAACCUUACGUUGUUAAGUCUCCCUUUGUACUCCAGAAAAUUCGAAAUUUAAUAAUUGACAAUAAUUUUAAAAUUGUCAGAUCACGCAGGACAAUAAUUACACCAAAAGAGGCUGAAUUGUUUUAUGAAGAGCAUAAGAAAAAAUUCUUUUAUAAUCGACUUUUGACAUUUAUGUGUAGUGGUCCAUCUGAUAUUCAUAUCUUAGCUGCUUAUGAUGCCAUUGCCAAAUGGAGAAAAUUAAUGGGUCCUACAAAAGUUUAUCGUGCACAAUAUAGUGAUCCUAAUACAAUUCGAGGAAUGUUUGGUCUAUCAGAUACAAGAAAUGCUACACAUGGAUCGGAUUCUGAACAAUCUGCAAAAAGGGAAAUAACAAUAUUUUUCAAUGAUUUUAGUUUUCAAAAAUGGUAUCAAAGUGAAGAAAGAUAUUAUAAUUUAGGUCAACUUCAUUUUGAUCCAAUAGCUUUUGUACAUACUAUUGAUACAAGUUUCAUGCAAAAGCAUGAAAAAGAAAUUACAGAUUGAAAAUUGUCAAUUUUGUAGUAAAUCUUUAUGAUCACUAGAACAUUAUUAUAGUUAUUGUAUUACAAGUUCAAAUUUUAUUUAUAUCCAUUAUUGCCUCUUUCAUUGUCCAGUAAUGUUCUUGUAUUAAAAUAAAUGUUAAUGGAAGAGGUAAAAAACUUUAAAAUAAAAAAAGUGAAUUAUGUGUUUAGA